UGCGCUGCGGAGCGGUCUGUUUCAGACAAGGGGAAGGCUGCCACUGAGCUCUGCUACAGUCGAGACAAAAGCGAGAGGUCUGUUCGAGGAUAAAGUGCACUUGUGUCGCUAGGAUUGUGACUAUAUUUUCACUAAUGAUGAUCUGAUAUCUGAAGUAUUGAUCAGGCCCAUGCUAGCUAGAGCCAUGAGCGGUUUACUGAAGAGGAAGUUUGAGGAGGUCUGUGAUGAGGACCAGUGCUACUCCUCGUCCUCCUCCCUGUCGUCCACAGCCUACUCCGGGUGGGACUCGGAGGGCGAGAGCUGCUACUCAGACACCCUUGACUCAACAUCCAGCAACCCUGGCUCUCCAGACACACACUACAACACUAAGUCCAUCCUGAAGAAGGCUAAGUGUGAGCAGGGCGGGCGGGGCAACGUGACCUUUGACAUGCUGACAGUGUUCCUGUUCCCGCGGUGCCAGGGCUUCAGCAGCGUGCCCAGUAGGGGGGGCUGUUCCCUGGGCAUGAUGCAGAGCCACAGCGCCCUCCGCAGGUACACCCUGGAUGAAUACGCUGUGGAGCAACACACCCUCCGUCGGGAGAAACUCCUCGACCGCCUCCGAGAGGAGAAACUGGAUGCUCUCAAACAGAAGCUGACUCAGGGAGGCACGGUGGAGUCAGAGGAGGCUGACCGCCUCACCGUCGACGACAUCCCAGAGGACGCGAUGGACAUUAGCAGCUGUAACCUAGACGACGGCUCCUUCCUCCACCCCUACCCCUCCAAGAGGAGACAUGCCCUGCUAAAGGCUGCGGGGGUGAAGGUGGAGAAGGAGGAGAAGAGACAGCUGCAGCAGCUCAGAGUGUCCAGGGAGGAUUGUGGGUGUGACUGCCAGGGGUUCUGUGAGCCAGAGACCUGCGCCUGCAGCGUGGCAGGAAUCAAGUGUCAGAUGGACCACUCGUCAUUUCCCUGCGGCUGCACUAAGGAUGGCUGCGGUAACCUGGAAGGUCGUAAAGAGUUCAACUCCAGCCGGGUUCAGACCCACUACAUCCACACCAUCAUGAAGCUAGAGCUGGAGAAGAGACUGGAGGAGACGUCUGGACCAGAGGAAGAGGACCUGGAAGAGACCGCCCCAUGUCACUACUACAACCCCUUGUCCAAUCGCUCCUCCUUCCACUUCAUCUCAAAGCUGGCGGCGGUCAGGGAGAACAGCUGUAGUAGCGACAUGACCGACUCCUCUGCCUCCUCUGGGGGGAGUGAAUACUCAGUGGUGGGGCUAGGGCGGCGCUCCCGGGAGGAUGGCCCUCUGCUGGAUGAUGUGGAUGAGAAUGGACUGAGCCGCAUCCUCAGCUUCAGUGACAUCGACGACUACAAUGUAAACAACCGCAUUGUCAAUGACAACCGCUGCUGCCCCGAGCAACGUCUACAGCAACAGCCGUGGAUGUUGACAGGGUUUAUUACGGCAGACUUCCAAGAGGAUAAUAACAAUCUAGAGGUUCACAGAGACAACCGGGCCAUGGCCAUAACACAACUGUUAGAUGAUAACGCUAACCAAGGCAACGCUCUGUUCCACCACAGCGGCUGCAGUGUCCCCAACACCCACUCUUCCUCAGUAGACUGCCCCAACACCCCCUCUUCCUCAGUAGACUGCCCCAACACCCCCUCUUCCUCAGUAGACUGCCCCAACACCCCCUCUUCCUCAGUAGACUGCCCCAACACCCCCUCUUCCUCAGUAGACUGCCCCAACACCCCCUCUUCCUCAGUAGACUGCCCCAACACCCCCUCUUCCUCAGUAGAUGGCACCGCUGCCAGCCUGUCCUCAGAGUCUGACCUGGAGUUCUUUGAUGGUUUCUGUCUGGGUCCUUCCUCCCUCUACAACUCCCUGAAGGAAUACCAACACAUGGACAGCUUCUUUCACUUCCAGUUGCCGAGUUACCCCAGCAGCCAAUCACAGACCAGUGACCCUGGGGCCUGUCUCCUGGAGUCUCUGAUUGGUCUGUCAGAAUCUGUCCCAGAACCCCCUGCAACGUUCAGACAAUCAACCGGACCUGAACUGCCAACUGUGUUCUGGGCUAUGUAGUGAAUUAGGGGGGACGGUAGGUACACUGCUGUUGGAAGAAGCUGUGAUUUCUCGCUCCCCUAUCUAUUGUUAAUGAUAUUCUGUUCUUGCCUUCCAAAUCUUAGCAAAAGCAGUUGGUAAUUAUUGCUGUAUGAAAUGGCAGUGAACAUUUAAUUUGGAAAAAAGAAUGUGAGACUAACAUAAACGUGAACGCUCGAU